CCCCUAAAAAAAUACUGAGUAUGUGAAAACGCAAAUUAAAGACCCGCCCUCGCUCUUACAAAAGCUUAUCCAAAAGCCACCCUCGAAUUCUACUGCGUUCAGCAGAGAGAUGGCACUCCUUUCUCCUCUCCUUUCUCUCUCCUCUGUCCCUCCUAUCACUUCCAUUGCCGUUUCUUCUUCUUCCUUCCCAAUCAAGCUGCAAAAUGUUUCUGUUGCGUUGCUUCCAAGUUUUGGACAACGCUUAGUGGCUCACGGACCCGUAAUUGCUCAAAAGAGAGGCACAGUGGUUGCUAUGGUGUCAGCUGCAGCAGAGGAAACGGCUGGAGAAGAUGGAGAUCAGUCAAAGGUUGAAGAAGCUAACAUCUCAGUUCAGAACCUUCCACUGGAAUCAAAGUUGCAGCUGAAGCUUGAACAGAAGAUAAAGAUGAAAAUGGCAAAAAAGAUCAGACUCCGAAGGAACAGGCUUAUGCGCAAAAGAAAGCUGAGGAAGAGAGGGGCUUGGCCACCUUCUAAGAUGAAGAAGCUCAAGAAUGUAUAAGAGAAGCAACAGCCAGGUUAUUUUUUAGUAUCAUCUUUUGUAGCUCGUUUUGAAGGAGCAAUUCAACUUGUUUUUACGCUCUGAUUACUUGAAUGAGAUUUACUUUUUAUGUAUUUUUGUUGUAGAAGAGAAACCUUGUCCUGUAGGUGCCAAAGUUGAUGAGAAACAUAGAAACAUAGUAUGAUCAUUUUGUACUUGUUUUUUCUGUUUGUGAAUCUAUCAAGAGCAGUGUAAAUCUUUUUCUCUCGA